AUGAAGAAUAGAGUAAAUAAUAAGAUUAGAAGUCUGAAAAAUACAGCUGAUGAAAUUAUUCAGUCUAGGAAAACAAUAGAAAUGAAAAUAGUGGGAUUCUACAAAGGGCUACUGGGAGCAGCAGCUGAUAGCAUACCAGCCAUUCAACCAAGCAUCAUGAGGGAGGGCAAUGUACUAGACAGAAAGCAACAGUUAAAACUAAUUGAAGAUGUUACUAUAGGAGAGAUUCAACUUGCUUUGAAGGGAAUAGAUGAACUAAAAGCCACAGGUUUCAACUCAAAAUUCUUUAAGAAGACAUGGGGGAUUACAUGGCAAGAAGUAUCUGAGGCAGUGCUUCAAUUCUUCAACAAAGCUGAAAUGUACAGACCUAUUAAUGUAACAACUGUUACCUUGAUCCCUAAGAUUCAACACCCUUCAACUGUCAAAGAUUUCAGACCUAUUUCAUGA